AUGGAAAACGAACCAAGGUCCGGCACCGACGAACAAAAGUCAGCCGCGUUGCAACAGCAGUACAACAAGCUUCAGGCCGACAUCGCCGACAUGCAAGAGCAGCUCGGCACUAUCCAGGCUCAGCUCCAGGAAUACGUGAUUGUGGACAAAACUCUCACCAGCAUCAGUCCAGACCACCGCGCCGGGCGUAAGUGUUUCAAAAUGAUUGGGGGGGUAUUGGUAGAGAAAACUGUCGACGAAGUAAUAAAGCUCUUGGAUGCCGACAUCAAAAGCUUACAACAACAGCGGGAAAGCCAUGAAAAACUGGUGGCAAGUGCUCGUACCAGCCUAGAGAGUUGGAUCAAGAACAACCAUAUCAAGAUCAUUCGCCAAUGA